AUGGCCAGCCUCAACGACUCAACCGUGGCCUCGGCCCUUGGUCUGCCCAUCCACCCCUUCCACCCCCUCGAUGCCAUCGUCAAUGACUACGUCGAGAACACCAUGUCCACCCUGACCAUUCUCACCAUCUUCGCAUCGACCUGCGUCGCCAUUCUCCUGCCCACGCUCCUGCUCAUUCGUCGCCUGCGGCCGAACCUGUCCACGGGCGACGUCUCCACGGCCAUGUGGUUCAUCGUCUCAGGCUCGAUCCACCUCGGCCUCGAAGGUUACUUCUCCAUCCACUCGGCCCGCAUGGGUCCCAGCCUCACCGUCCUCGGCCAGCUCUGGAAGGAGUACGCCCUGUCCGACUCGCGCUACCUGACGCAGGACUCGUUCGUCGUCUGCAUGGAGACGGUCACGGCGUUCGUCUGGGGCCCCAUGUGCUUCCUCUGCGCCGCCGCCAUCGUCCUCCGCCACCCGGCCCGCCACAGCCUGCAGGGCAUCAUCAGCCUCGGCCAGCUCUACGGCGUCAUCCUCUACUACGCCACCUUUGAGUACGACAAUGUCGUGUGGGGCCGCGACUACUCCCGCCCCGAGAACUACUACUACUGGGGCUACUACGUCUUCCUCAACGCCUUUUGGUUCUUCAUCCCCCUGACUCUCAUCCUGCGCAGCGCCGUCGCCUCGACGAGGGCUAUUGCUACCGUGCAGAGGCUGGAGGCUAAAGCUGGGAAGAAGAACUGA